AUGAGUGGCCACUCUGAAGCAGGUUCUGGACUGGGAGAUGGAUUUAAAGGAAUUCAACUCGGAGCAGGGGGCGGGCGGACAUCUUGGGAUCUGGAGACUGCCGCCGUGAUUGGAGGCUUAUUCAUCUAUAAUCACAAGGGGGAGGUGCUCAUCUCCCGGGUCUACCGAGAUGACAUCGGGAGGAAUGCAGUGGAUGCCUUUCGGGUCAAUGUUAUCCACGCCCGGCAGCAGGUUCACAGCCCCGUCACCAACAUCACUCGCACCAGUUUCUUCCAUGUUAAGCGGUCCAACAUCUGGUUGGCAGCUGUCACCAAGCAGAAUGUCAAUGCUGCCAUGGUCUUCGAAUUCCUCUAUAAGAGGUGUGACGUAAUGGCUGCCUACUUUGGCAAGAUCAGUGAGGAGAACAUCAAGAACAAUUUUGUGCUCAUAUAUGAGCUACUGGAUGAGAUCCUGGACUUUGGCUAUCCACAGAAUUCAGAGACAGGAGCACUGAAAACCUUCAUCACUCAGCAGGGUAUCAAGAGCCAGCAUCAGACAAAAGAAGAGCAAUCCCAGAUCACCAGCCAGGUGACCAGGCAGAUUGGCUGGCGGCGGGAGGGUAUCAGGUAUCGCCAGAAUGAGCUCUUCUUGGAUGUGCUGGAGAGUGUGAACCUCCUCAUGUCCCCCCAGGGGCAGGUGCUGAGCGCCCAUGUGUCAGGCCAGGUGGUGAUGAAGAGCUACCUGAGUGGCAUGCCUGAGUGCAAGUUUGGGAUGAAUGACAAGAUUGUCAUUGAGAAGCAAGGCAAAGGCACAGCUGAUGAAACAAGCAAGAGUGGGAAGCAAUCAAUUGCCAUCGGUGACUGCACCUUCCACCAGUGUGUGCGACUCAGCAAGUUUGACUCGGAACACAGCAUCAGCUUCAUCCCACCAGAUGGAGAGUUUGAGCUAAUGAGGUAUCGUACCACCAAGGACAUCAUCCUUCCUUUCCUGGUGAUCCCACUAGUGCGAGAAGUGGGACGCACCAAGCUGGAGGUUAAGGUGGUCAUCAAGUCCAAUUUCAAGCCCUCAUUACUGGCUCAGAAGAUUGAGGUGAGGAUCCCAACCCCACUGAACACAAGCGGGGUACAGGUGAUCUGCAUGAAAGAAAAGGCCAAGUACAAGGCCAGCGAGAACGCCAUCGUGUGGAAGAUCAAGCACAUGGCAGGCAUGAAGGAAUCGCAAAUCAGCGCAGAGAUUGAACUUCUGCCCACCAAUGACAAGAAGAAAUGGAAAUGGGCUCGACCCCCCAUUUCCAUGAACUUUGAGGUGCUAUUCCCACCCUCUGGCCUCAAAGUGCGCUACUUGAAGGUGUUGGAAUCGAAGCUGAACUACAGCGACCACGAUGUCAUCAAAUGGGUGCGCUAUAUUGGCCACAGCGGCAUUUAUGAGACCCGCUGCUAG